UAUCAAACAGGCCUGACGAAUACAAUCAUUCACUUCUUACUACCUCAUUUCUGAUCACUGUAUCAUUGUACCUCCCACUGCUGGUCCAGAAAGAUCCUCAUAAUCACCACUAUGAAGCUUUUCACAUCGCUCUUGUUCGCAACCUCCGCAUCAGCGGCAGCAAUUACAAGUCGACAAAACGGCAAUGGUGCUCUUCAAAGAGGUAGACAAACACUAGUGUUGAAGGAAGUUGGUGGCGUCGCUGGCAACGAGUGCUUGACAUUUCGCAACAAUGGCGAGAUUGUGGACGCAGCAUGCGUGAACACAGCCGCAGAUCGCCAACUUACACCUUCCACCCUCACCGGUGCCGAUGUCCUGGCAGUGCAACGAUCGUUCUCGAACGGCUUCCGCCCUGAUCUGGUAAAUACACAGGCGUGUGUUGGUUUCAACGGCACACACUUCAAGGCGCUUGACUGCGCAGACAACAACCUGGAUCCUGUCAGUUUCCAGAACGGUCAGCUUGUCAGCGCGAGUGGGGCGUGCCAGAGUGGGCACGAUAAUGCUGCGCAGAUUACGGUCGAUCCGAGCGGACAAAGCUGCGCGCAGUUGACGAGUAUGACGGUACAACCAACAGCGCCAUGAAACAGGAGCACGAAGAACAAAGGUGCAUGAAAGAGACGAACAUCAUGUGUGGCGCCUAUGGAUCGGUGCUUCUGCUCCUGUGUCUUUGUUUUUUUAUCGACCCACUAACCAUUAACAGCCACAACAAAGCGCGAUGAAGCGCUGUUAAAUCGUCUCGAGCGGUGGCACUGUAGCAGUAAUCCACGAACUACACAUUCUGCACUUCUCACUUCUCGAGUCACUGACCGACUUCAUCUCGUACUAUGCCUCAUCACAGAAGCUUACCCUUCUCUCGUCGCCACGAGUUUCCCCAAGACCCACCGCCCUUGCCUCUGUCAACGCUAUACUGUGACGCUGAGCAGCAC